AGUUUUUAAUAGAGCAGUAUAAUCAACUACAACUCUAAGCAAACGUUUAAUUCCAACCUCCUCUUCUCUUUUCUGAAUCGGCUCAUCCUCUUCCAUUUCGUAAUAAGCGAAUUGAACUUGGAACAAGAUGUUAACACUUGGAAACAUAAGCUUCGUUAUUAUAAUCGCCUUCUCGACGGCUCUACUGGCGAGACUCCUCAUCACUUAUUCCUCCGUCGACCUCCGAAAGUCCACCUCUCUUCAUCGCCUAUGGAUCACCACCCAGCUCAUCGUUCUAAUCAUCUGGAAGAUUUUCCCCGCCAAAUCCGACGCCGACCAACCACCACAAUCUUCAACGGAGAUAGACCUGCCUCCUGACGUAGAGGAGUCGCCGCCGGAAAUGAGCUGGUCCUCUGCGCCACCCCACGAGCCGGAGCCAGAGGGGCCGGUUGCGACCGAGCACCCCUCGAUGGACGACGCGUGGAAAUCGAUCGACAAGGGUGGGGGCAAGAGGGUGCUGACGAAGAGCGAGACUUGGGAGCCGCGCGGGAGGAGGGAAGCGGAGAGGGCGGCGGCGCUGAGGAGGACGGACACGGCGAUGCUGAAGACGGAGAAGAAGAGAUGGGAGGAGGUACAUGUGUGGAGAACGCUGGAGAGGCAGGUGGAGAGCCAGGAGGAGCUAUUCCAGCGCGUGGAGACGUUCAUUAAGAAGCACUACGAUCACCUCCGGCUUCAGAAGCAGGACUCGGUGGCAAAGAAGAAU